AUGUGUCGUAAGGUGGAGAGAGCACCAGAGGAAGCCGGAGACAUAGAGUCCAGCUGUUUCUCAAUAACAACUGCUCCAGAAAUGCAGGGAUUAGAUGAAGUUGUCCACAAAGUUCCUUUGCCACAAAACAAGAAGUCAGUUCUGAAAACUCUGAAGCACUGGUCCGGAGAAUGUUUCUUCCCUGACGAUCCUCUUCACAAGGUUAAGAAUCAGAAGACAGCAACCAAGAAGAUGUACAUGGUUCUUCAGUACUUGUUUCCAGUCUUGAUUUGGAGCUCUGAUUACAGUCUGCAACUUUUCAAGGCUGAUGUCAUUUCUGGCCUCACUAUUGCUAGCUUAGCAAUCCCUCAGGGAAUAAGUUACGCAAAACUUGCAAAUCUUCCACCUAUUAUUGGACUCUAUUCAAGUUUUGUGCCACCAUUAAUAUAUGUGGUUCUUGGGAGUUCAAGAGAUCUUGCCGUUGGCUCCUCCUCCAUAGUUUCUGUGGUACUGGGAUCCAUGUUAAGUGAAGAAGUCCAUCCUUACGAGCAACCCGAACUCUAUCUUAAACUAGCUUUGACAACAACAUUUUUUGCUGGUGCACUCCAAGCUUUAAUGGGCCUCCUGAGAUUGGGAUUUAUUGUGGAGUUUUUAUCAAAGCCAACGCUUGCUGGAUUCACAGGAGGUGCGGCCAUCAUCACAGUUUUGCAGCAACUUAAAGGGCUUACAGGAAUUAGUCAUUUUACCACAAAAACUGGUUUUUUACCAGUGAUGCAGUCAACUUUCGAGCACAUGUCAGAGUGGAAUUUGAAGACAAUGUUGAUGGGCUUCGCAUUCCUGGCUUUCUUAUUGCUAACAAGACAAAUUGGAAUGAAGAGGCCAAAGCUUUAUUUGAUAUCAGCAACAGGUCCACUAAUCUCGGUGAUCAUAUCAACAAUUGUUAUUUUUGCAUUUAGAUCGGAGGCUCAUGGCAUCCAAACUGUUGGCAAGUUGGAGGAGGGGUUGAAUCCUCCUUCUAUUAACAAGCUACUUUUCAAAGGAUCCUAUGUGAUGCUAGCCCUAAAAACUGGAAUAAUAACUGGGAUCCUCUGUCUAACUGAAGGAAUAGCAGUUGGGAGGACUUUUGCUUCACUAAAAGACUACCAAAUUGAUGGAAAUAAAGAGAUGAUGGCCAUUGGAAUCAUGAACAUUGUUGGCUCCUGCUCUUCCUGCUUUGCGACCACAG